UCCUGCUGUGCAGACGGUCAGAUCUCACAACGCCCAGAUAAGUGUUUACCUUCCAGGAUUACGCAGCGCGACAGCAAUAAAGACGAACUGGAACGUAACCAUGCUAACUAGCAAGCUAAACGUGCCGUAAGUUUUACAACUGUAGAUAUACAUUAUUUAGCGAUUGAAUUAAACACAACAAUUACCCCCUGGGCAACAUCCGACGUAGUCAUCUCGGAAUAAAGCAGCUAAUAGCUACAAAUACUAACAGGCUGUAAAGAAAAUAGGCUCAACUAAAAACGUUGAAAAAUCGACUACCUACGUAGCCAUGAAAGGAAUGUAGGCUUGCACACUUGUUUUCAUGGCUGGGGAGACACGAGUGACAGUUAUGUUUGUGUUUUAACAAAAUAAUAUAUAUAUAUAUAUUAAGUACUAGAUCUUCUGAUUUUGUGGUAUGUAUUCAUCAAAUUCUGAGUACAGAGUAGUUAUUUUGAACUACAGGAUUGUUAGUUACUAUAUAGCGACCCCCAUAGAACGAAUGGUAUAAACCACUGCUCCGGAAAUUCGUUGGACAUACAUGGUGUGAAACUAAGUAGACAUUUUGGUUCUUUGCGCGACUUUGACUGACCGACCACUAAUAUAUAUUUCAAAAUGGCGUUUCAAGGGUCACAGUUUCCCAAUGGUGGUUGCUAGGAGGCGUGGACAGAGAUACUUUUGAGGAGAUGGGGAACGCCAUUGGAAUCGUAUUAACGCUCAUUGUGUACGUUGCCCAUGCGUCGUCUAAGAGCCACGCCGGCCCACGCGGUGCAUUUCUGGGACGAUGGAGUGAAUGGGAGUCGACUGGGCGUUAACUCAAAAACACAACAUUAGCAUGCAUUUAGUGAACAAUAAGCAUUUUCCGAGAUGUGGGAUAAUUAACUUGUUCUCUGAAAUCGUGAAAUUACGGACUUUCAAUGGAAAUAGGCAGGUUUCUCGACUCAUACCCUGAUUUCCAGAAGGGAUUGUGAGAAGAUUAGUUUUGCAACCACGUGAAGCAGCAUUACAAGUGAACGCAAUCGUUUGACAUUCUGCUGUUUGGGGCGUUAUGCCACGUUCAAGAUAACUGGGAAAGAACGAGCUCCGACUGGGAAAAUUGAUUUGAACAGCCAUCCAAUUCGGAAUUCCUACUCUUCCUAGAGCUCUGACUUUCCGACCUUAAAAUACAGAUUCAUUAUUUGACCUAGUAUUUUUUUCAGUUCCCGGAUGUUUUGAACGCUGCAUUAUACCACAGAUAGACAUUGAGCCAGAUAUUAAACCGGAUGUAUAAAUGUGAAGCAUCCGGUUGGCGUUUCCACUCACUACCAAAUAUGGUGCUGCGAGGAAGCCCAGUGGCCGGCACGGUGAGAAGAUGGAGUGAGAUGGAUUUUGGCCUACAUUCUGCUAAUUUUCUAAUCGAUGAAACAUUUGAUCCCCAUAAUGUUUUAUGUUUCCAAAACUGUAAUCUAUAACAAACAGAGUGGACUGCGUUUUGCAGACUUUACCCUUUGCCAAAGUAAAACAUAAACGUUGUUUAGGAGUGUGAAUUGCCUUAUUGCACACGCGCACCUCAUAGUAUGCGUUCCCUAACGAAAAUAUGCAAAUAAAUGCUAGAACGCGCCAAUAAGAUCUCACUAGCUCGUGCAUGGCUCUUCCCAUCUCCUUGCCUGUUCUGCCCACUUUGAAUAAUUUCCUCCCAUUGGAAACGACAGACUCUGGUCUGUCUUGGGUUAGUUAUAAAAAUCUUUGGUUAUACGUUCAUUCAUUCAUUACCCAACGGAAUUCCCAUCUCCUCCUUUCUCUAAUGUCUCUGUAGUGGAUCGCUAUGACCAUAGAAAUAAAACGGAUAGACAGGUCUGCUAGCAAAAGUGGGUCCUUCCUUACUCAACUCUGGUUGGGGUGACAUUUCUAUUAAUUUCUAUUCUGUAUCAAAGAAGCACAACAAGGUCUGAGGAUGAUGUGAUGGGACAACACCAACCAGAGCAGGUGAAAACCGUAAUUGUACGGGCUGAUUCAACUCUAGCUAAUUUAUAAACAUAAAAAGGAAGAUUAUUUUUAGAUCUGUAAGUGGUUUGCCGUAGCCUUUUAAUUUAUUUCUUUUUAAAUCAGUAAUGGCGACCGAGUGCACCCAAGAACUGGUUGUUCAAUUUCUAACCGAGCGAGGGGGGAGAGUGAAAAACCAGAUAUUCAUUGACUAUUUCAAAGCUGUUUUCCCAGAAGACCCUGACCAGAAAGCAAUUGUUCGGGAGAAAUUCAAGGCAUACGUGGACAAUGUCGCAUUUGUAAAGUUGGAGAAUGGAGUGAAAUUUGUAUGUUUAAAAAAGAAGUAUCGAGUUUCAUUGAAGUGUACCGUGGAAAAAGACAGCGAAUACAAUGGUAACGGGACAGGCACCUUAUUGGAACAAGAGGACAGCGGUUCUGUUAUAUCAAAAUCAUAUAAGAACUUGAUAGAAGAUUGUGCACCACAACUGCAUCUGUCAGUAUCAUCUGCUGCGGAUGUGCGCUCUUGGGAAACCACUGCAAACGAAGAGGCACAAGACAUUUCACCUGGCUCAGGUUACGGAACUGACAAUGCCACGAGAGCGAGACCGCAUGACAUUUCUGGAAUUAUUUUGGAAGGUAAAAUUGUAGAAAGAGCUGCUUCAACAAGGUCUGUAGUUCAGAAUAAUAGGUUAUCAGACAAUAUGGGAAAUGCGUUAGGCCUUGGUGGCAAUGGAGAGCAGACAUUGCAACCGCACGACAUACCGCAAAUUGCAGUGAUUGAGGCGUCACCUUUGCCUACAUCCGCGGAUGGCUCUAUGUUCCACUUACCCAGACGUCCAUUUCCAACUAAUGCACAGGACAGCCUGCUGUCCCGUCACCCUUCAUCAGAGGACGGGGCAGACGAAGGCCAAUAUUAUGAUUUUCAACAGAGCAUAUCUGGGAGUGACAGCAACACAACUAAAGGUAGCCGUAAUAACUUUAUUGAGCUCAUGAUGAACAGCUCCCUCCAGGUGCGACGCAGCAUGGUGUUGCGGAACUCAGACUCCGCCUCUGUGGUUUCCUCUACUACAGACGAAGACGGUGCUUCAGUCACUCUGGACCCGUUGGAACACGAAUGGAUGAUGUGCGCAUCCGACGGCCAAUGGGAGAGUCUCCACCGUCUCCUUUCCUGUGAACCGAACCUUGUCAUGAAGAAGGAUUUUGUGACUGGGUUCACCUGCCUGCACUGGGCCGCCAAGCAGGGCAAACAAGAACUACUGGCGCUUAUCGUAAACUUUGCCAAACAACACACAGUGCCCAUCAACAUCAACGCCCAGUCAAGUGCUGGCUACACGCCACUACACUUAGCAGCAAUGCACAACCAAGUUGAGGUGGUGAAGUUACUGGUAGGAGCCUAUGACGCAGACGUAGAGGCCAGAGAUUACAAUGGGAAAAAGGCGUGUCAGUAUCUUACAAACAGUGUGGCCGUUGAUAUCCGUGACAUCAUCGGGGCGGGUGGUGGCGGCGACUCGGACUCAGAGAGCACAGACUAUGGGGAUGGGGGGCGUUGGAGGCUGUCUAAAGUUCUCCAGUCUAAUCUGAUGCCCCUCAAACUGCACGGUCACAGUGAGGAGGACACUGGUGAUGGAGCAGACCAGGCCAGACAGAAACCCUUGCUGAGGAAAUCGUCCUUUAGCAAGAUGAGGCCCAAACUUCAGAAGAUCCGCUUCAGAUCUUCACAGAUAGUUCACAGCACACCGUUCCCAGCACAUUGUGAGACAGAGGAGCUUAACUGGUCCAGGAAAAGCUCAUUUAAAUCCAGACCCAUGUCAAAUCUGUUUGGCUGAAGAAUAGCCCCUAUGUACACUCGACAAAGAGCAAAUAAACUACUACAGUGCAGGAUCAAAUCAAAUCAAAUUUUAUUUGUCACAUACACAUGGUUAGCAGAUGUUAAUGCGAGUGUAGCGAAAUGCUUGGAUGACUGACACAAUGGGGUAUAGUUUGAUGUUACAAGUUUUAUGUUUUUUUGUGGCAUAGGCCAAGUCUGGUGUUACAAAUAGUUAAAGGUUUUCCCCCAGGCAUUAUAUGAAUAUACUGAACUAACAGAAUAUGGUAUUACAUGAUCUAUUGAGUAACUGGCCAGAUUGCCACCCCUGGUUAGGCUAAAUAUUUCUGUGUUAAUCCUCUUCUCAUUCUGAAGUAGCCAAGUAGGUCUUAUUGUUCGUCUGCUUGAACCCUUAACGUACAUGUAAAGCUGCCUGUAACCCACUGGGCAAAGAUGUCAUUUUAACGUCUAGUUUUGAUUGACAUUUUAUUGACUUUAACUAAUUUGAAUUCAAUGUGGAAUCAACCAAAAAUGACACCAUGUCAUUGGAUCUAGGUUAAAAGUUGGGUGAUUUAAAAAGAUACAAUUAUCUUACAUUGGCUUUGGGGGAAAAAAGUACUCAAUCAGUUUUCCACGUUGAUUUGACGUCUUCAUAUGGACUUUUUUUGGUUGAAAUGACAUGGGAACCAGGUUGACUCGACCUGUUUUUGCCUAGUGGGAAGUGUUUAAACUUCAAGUUAUUUGACCACAUGGUAGAAACAAUGUCAUUGAUUUCACAAUGCUUGGGAACAAUCUUAUUACUGUCAGACUGUUAUUAAUUUAUUCUCCCUUGUAUAUUUACGUUGCUUUAAGCACUUUGAUUUUAAAUCGUUAUUGAUCCAGCUUCCCUGCGGUGGAUGCCAUUCAGUCCACCUGAAAGACUUUGAGAUGGGAAUUUACUUCCUCUUUGUGUUCAAGUGGACGGUUGGAGGCCAAUGAAAAGGCCUCUGGUCCUUUAAGUCUGUAAUCAGGAUCAGUAGGGAAGCUUUAUGUGUCACAAGGUACGCUGUUGUUGAGUGCAUGGUAGGCCUACUGUGUAAAGUGCUAUGAUGAAAGAUCAGGUCUCAUAACUAUUCACGUUUAAACGGGUACAUUUUUGACCUGAUCAUAGCUCCUUAUUUUGAGUUGUCUAAGGUUGCAGUUGUCUGGUAUCUGGUAGGUUACCCUGUGUUCUGUUUUAUAUCAACAAGCUCAGGCUUGCUGCCCCAGGAGAGCCUAGCUCAGCUGAGCGCGAGCAAGAGAGACUGUAGUGUACAUAUAGUGCCUUCAGAAAGUAUUCAUACUCCUUGACUUAUUCCACAUUUUGUUGCGUUACAACCUGAAUUCAAAAUUGAUUAAAUAUAUAUGUUUUUCUCACCAAUCUACACAAAAUACCCCAUAAUGACAAUGUGAAAACAUGUUUUUAGACAUGUUUGCAAGUGUAUUGAAAAUGACAUACAUAAAUAUCUCAAUGACAAAAGUAUUCACACCCCUGAGUCAAUACUUUGUAGAAGCACCUUUGGCUUCUUUUACAGCUGUGAGUCUUUCUGGGUAAAUCUCGAAGAGCUUUCCACACCUGGAUUGUACAGCAUUUGCCCAUUUUUAUAAUUUUUUUAAUUAUUCAAGCUCUGUUCAAAUUGGUUAUUAAUCCUUGCUAGACAACCAUUUUCAGGUCUUGCCAUAGUUUUUCAAGUAGAUUUAAGUCCAAACUGUAACUCGGCCACUCCGGAAAAUUCACUGUUAUCUUGGUAAGCAACUCCAGUGUAGAUUUGGUCUUGUGUUUUAGGUUAUUGUCCUGCUGAACUGUGAAUUCAUCUCCCAGUGUUUGGUGGAAAGCAGAUUGAAGCAGGUUUUACUCUAGGAUUUUGCCUGUGCUUAGCUCCAUUCCAUUUUUUUUUUAUCCUGAAAAACUCCCCAGUCCUUAAUGAUUACAAGCAAAUAAAGGUGAAAUAUAAAAAAAUAAAAUACCCAUAACAUGAUGCAGCCACCACUAUGUCUGAAAAUAUGGAGAGUGGUACUCAAUAAUGUGUUAUGUUUGAGGCAAAUUCAAUAACACUUUGUAUUCAGGACAAAAAGUGAAUUGCUUUGGAUUUUUUUUUGCAGUAUUACUUUAGUGCCUUGUUACAAACAGGAUGCAUGUUUUGGAAUAUUUUUAUUCUGUACAGGCUUCCUUUUCACUCUGUCAAUUAGGUUAGUAUUGUGGAGUAACUACAAUGUCGUUGAUCCAUCCUCAGUUUUCUCCUAUCACAGCCAUCAAACUCUGUAACUGUUUUAAAGUCACCAUUGGCCUGAUGGUGAAAUCCCUGAGCGGUUUCCUUCCUCUCCGGCAACUGAGUUAAGAAGGACGCCUUUAUCUUUGUAGCGACUUGGUGUAUCGAUACAUCAUCCAAAGCCUAUUUAAUAACUUCACCAUGCUCAAAGGAAUAUUCAAUAUCUGCUUUUUUAUUUUUACCCAUCUAGCAGUAGGUGCCCUCAUAGCCGUGGGUAGUAAGGGUGCUGCAGCACCCCCUGAAAAAUCAUAAUAAAAAAAAAAAAAAACAUAAAAACUAUAAAUAAUGUUUUGGAAAAUACAAUUUUUUUCACAAAAGUGGUGCACUGGGCCUUUAAUAGUCCUGUAUUGGUGAACUGAUAUAGCCUGCUAUAGCCUUUUAGUUUUUGUGCAAUGUUGCACUGAAUUCUAACACUUAUUUUUACUCUGCACUUUUGUUAUUUGUUAAUAUAACUGGAGUGUAUUUAAAAACAACAACAACAAAAAAUCUUUGCAAAUCCUUGUCUCACAUGUACUAGUUUAAUUGUUUGUCUAGAUUAGAUUUAAGCCCUACUACUUAUGGCAUUAACUGUUUUUGGGGAAUUUAAUGUUUUUUCAGUCAAUGUUUUGUAUUGCUGAAUAGCCUACAGUAAUGCUACAUAGUUUACAUCUGAUUUUGCUACUUGAUUUUAUUGUGCAGUUUUGUAUUCUUGCAACAUUAGCUCUUUUUAUUAUGCAAUUAUUAUUUUUCUUGUAUCAACCACCUGCUGCUAAUUAUGAUAUUCAAAGGGCUGCAACCGUGUUUCUCUUGUCUGUUUGUACAUUAAAUGAUAUUAUUUUAUAGUCCUCUUUUCGAUUAUCAAACAAAAGAAUGUUAACAUAAAAAAAAUCGGACACCUCACUGUCGACAAUCAUUUAAGAUCUAUGUUCAAUACUCUCUGUCUUCAAUAAUAUUUUCAAAGCUAGAUUGUGGAGUUUGCAUUUUUAUCAGUUGGAAACGUAUACCUACAUCUUUGUGUUGCUUAACAGAAAUAUGAAACUACUGUUAGCUCUGCCUUUACACAACCUGAUAAAUAAACUGUCAUACUGUCACUAUUGA